CCACCACGCCCCAGGAUCCAUCCGGGGCGGAUCAAGCGCCCGUCGAGACGCUGAUCGUGCGCUCCCAAUGGCAGGAAGAAUACGAAUGUCAGAUUCCCCGGACGCGGGCCAAGGCGGGCUCCAAGUUCCAGGAUCCUUUGGCCGAGGGUGCCAAUGCUCUGGAACUGCUUCAAGAGUUGUUCCUCCAAAAGACGUGCGCUUACCGGUUGGAACAUUACUGGACCUACGAAUUGUGCCACGGCCGACAUGUUCGCCAAUUCCACGAGGAACGCGACGGCAAAAACGUCAAGACGACCGAAUACUUCUUGGGCCGUUACAAUGCCGAGCAAUACGAUUUGGAAUUGAAGGAGCUCAAACGGGAUAUAGAAGCGGGUCAGGCCCGCAAACCACCCAAGAUCAAGAUUGAGACCAUGAACAUGCCCUAUUUCCAAUUGCACAUGACCGAUGGCACCUUGUGCGACUUGAAUGGUCGACCGCGACAGACCCGCGUGAAUUAUGUGUGUUAUCCAGCCGGCCACCACGAGAUGUAUAGUUUCAAAGAAAGCUCCACCUGUGAAUACGAUAUCAUUGUGCUUUCACCCACGCUUUGCCAGCAUUUGGAUUACCGUCCGGAAGAAUCUAACGAGUAUUCUAUAGAGUGUAAACCGCGCAAUUCGAAAACGCCUUACAAACCCCGCGAUCUCAUCCAGUUAGAAGCUGAUAGCCUCAAAUUGCGGAGCGAGAAGAUGUUUGAAGGCGAUUUUAUGCAGGGGAACAAUGGACCAGGUUCGGUCAAGAUCGAGAUCAAGCCAGUGAAAACAUCAGGCGUAGCCGACAUCAGUGAUGAGGAUUUGGAUGACGAGACCGUGGCAUACAAGGACGAUAAUUGGCCCCAACCCGCGCCCAGAGCACCUUUCAAGCCUUUGAUGGACCCAAAGGUAGUGCAAGAGUUUCUCCUCGGGGAUUAUUGUCUUUAUGGCGGAUCGGGGUGGUGGAAGUAUGAGUUUUGUUACGGCAAAAGCGUGGACCAGUAUCACGAGGAACGAAAAGGCGACCGAACCCUCAUCAAUUUGGGCCGAUUCGACAUGGCCAAACAUUUGGCUUGGCUCAAAGAUAACCCGAAUAAGCGACCCAAACCCGUGAGCGAGCGCAAACAAGUGUCGCAUCUUUAUUCCGAUGGCGAUCUCUGCGAUUUAACGGGCAAACCUCGACGCGUUGAGGUCAAAUUGAAGUGUAAAAAGUCGGAUUCGCCCUCGACUGUCAGCUUGUAUUUGCUUGAGCCCAAAACUUGCGAUUAUAUUCUAGGUGUGGAAAGUCCAAUCGUCUGUGAUAUUCUGCAUUUGGCAGAUCAAGAUGGCAUGAUGGUCAUCGAAAAAGAUGUCUUUGUCCGCGAGGAUCCCAAGAGCGGCAACCAUGAGGAUGAUAGUCCACGCGUUGAACCACCUCCUUCCGUCGAAACUACCAUUGAUUUUAAUGACUAUGAUGAUGAAUCAAUCGAGGCCGAAGAGAAAUCGUUGUCGGAUGAGCCUAAAGACGAGCUCUAGGCUCGAAAUCAAGGCGAAGAAUCACUAUUUCCGCGAAGAUCGAAGACAUCUUCGCUUGUUCUAGUGGUCAUUGUUGGUUUUAUGGAAAUAGUUUUGUUUCUGGGUUAGUUUAUUAAAUUUUAGCCCAACCUA